AUGGGACCGCUCCCAAUCCGCCGACCGGGGAUCCCCCGGCCACCGCCGCCAUCUUCCCGGCGCCGGAACCCCCACCUGACGGUUCCAGCUUCUCACCUGUGGCCAGCAGAGGACUACGCGCGACGCAGUGGAGACCGCGUGGGCUUCAUCCUGAUUGGCUGUGAGCGCCAUGACGCAGCGGCGUUCCCGGCUGCGUGGGAAGCCCGGGUCCCCGGAGUCCCGCCCCUGCCCCCGGCCUGGGGCUCCCCGGGGCCAGACACUGAGGGCUCCCUUAAAGGGACCACUUUCAUUUCUCCAUCUGGCCUCCGGAAGAAGAGGGACAUAGAGAGCGAGGGGGUGUAG